AUCCCUUUCCGUGGACGUGUGCGGCGUGGUGUGGUGUGCCUGCCGUGGCCCCCGGUCGUCGCCGGCCGCGCGGGAGGAGAUCGGUUCCACAUUUCCACGCGGCGGACCUGGUCGCCUACUAAUCUUUAGUACGUACAUCUCUAUCUCUAGCAGCAGCAGCAACGUAUCAUUUUGGGGGCGACGGCGAUCGCUAUGCUAUUGCGUGCUGCUUGGAGUUGGCCGGCUUGGGGGUAGCCGCCACACUACUCGCCCAGGCCGAUUUCCCUCCCGCUGCCGGCGUUCGUGUUGCAGGGAGAGAGAGAGAGAGAGGGAGAGCGCGCGGCUCCCGGAUUUUGAUCGCGGAGAGAGAGAGAGAGAGAGAGAGAGAGAGAGAAGGAGGGAGAGGUGGGGAUGGACGCGGGGGCGUCGGCGGCGCAGAUGGAGAAGCACUCGUCGGCGGCGGCCUUCGUGGAGGGCGGCGUCCAGGACGCGUGCGACGACGCCUGCAGCAUCUGCCUCGAGGCCUUCUCCGACAGCGACCCAUCCGCGGUGACCAGCUGCAGGCACGAGUUCCACCUCCAGUGCAUCCUUGAGUGGUGCCAGAGAAGCUCCCAGUGCCCCAUGUGUUGGCAAGCAAUCAGCAUGAAGGACCCUAUGAGCCAAGAGCUCCUUGAGGCUGUCGAGGAAGAGCGGAACGCACAAGAAAAUCAUGCGCGCACCACAACCAUUUUCCGUCAUCCACUGCUCGGAGACUUUGAGGUACCGGUGGAUGCAGAUGAUGCUGAAAUUGAGGAGCGUAUCUUACAGCACUUGGCUGCUGCUGCCGCCAUUCGUAGGUCGCACCGCCAUGCUAGAAGAGAAGGCCGUCGCAGCAGGUCUGCAGCUCAUGGUCAUGGCCAUCAACAAGUCCUGUUCUUUCCAGCUGCUGGUGAAGCCACUCCUGGUGGUUCUCUGUCUUCACGUUCACAGCAAGAAGGGGACCAUGAACAUGCCUCUACUGUAGUUUCUUCUCCGCCAUUGCCUACCGUGGACUCUGCAGAAGAAACAGCUGCAGACAUACCUGUGAAUCACACUGCCUCGGUUAAUAGCCCUCCAGUUGGGUCAAAUGAUAGUGUUUCUUGGAAUCAGUCUUCGCCUGUCAACCAAGAUGAAGCUGGACCAUCUGAAGCGCAGUCAUUCUCAGACACGAUCAAAUCUCGGCUGCAGUCAGUUUCUACAAAGUACAAGGAUUCCAUAACGAAAAGUACACGCGGGUGGAAGGAAAGGUGGUUCACACAGAACAGCACCAUAUCGAACCUUGGCUCAGAGAUGAGGAGGGAGGUCAAUGCUGGGAUCGCUGCCGUGUCACGCAUGAUGGAGAAACUGGAGACACGGGAUGGAACAGGACCGUCGUCUGCUUCCCCAGCUAAUCUGCAUCCUGGUUCAGAUGCAGAUAGUCAAGGAGCUGUCGUCGUUCCCCUUCCCCCUACAGCUGCAACUGCUUUACAUAACGCCUCGUCUUCAACAGCUUGAAUGCCAAGAUCAUGUUCUCAGUGAAUGUAUGCUUGUAUGUAUGCUUGCACUAAAGGAGACGUACUUCGCAGCGUGUCGCGUGUAUAAUCGGUUUGUCACUUGCUCAUUAGUCAGCGAAGCAGAUGUUACAUGCCAAGUUACUGUUCAGUGAAUGUUUCAGAAUAAAGUUGUAGUAUGUGCAUAACCGGGAGAACAUGACAAUGUUUUGAUAGGCCUAUAUUCCUAUCAUAUGUCAGGCAUCGUAUAGUGUACUGCUGCAUUAGUGUGUACUA